CCCCCGCAGCAUCUUCUUGGCGGACAAGGCAGCCGACCAGGCCGGCACGGACGGUUCGGUUGCCCGUACCAGGUCGAACCCAAAUCGGACCCUGCUCCCAGUCCCCGCCGCGCCGCGCCGCGCCCCUUCAUCAUCUUCUCCGGCGUCGGCGACCGCGGCCGCCGCAGCCGAGCCUUCCUCUUCUUCUCCGACGCCAGCGAGCGCCGCCGUCGCGGAUCCGAGAUGACGCUUACUGGAUUGAGUGGCUUGGAAAGGUCCUCAGCCAGAGGAUCCACAUCUGUUGAGGAUGAGGACGAUGAGGUUAGAGAGGUAGUUCCGCCAGAUCAGAAUGAAUCACAUGAAAUGAAAAAAGCUUUGGAUAAGCUUCGUUCCCUCUGUGGUGUUCUCGGGAUUAGUUACAGUGCUAAGAUAUCUGAGUUCGGGACUGUAGUUGAGAGAAGUAGGUUGAAUGAUGCUAUGGACUUCCUAAUUACCACGAGGGAUCACAAUUUCGAUGAGCUUAGAAAAAUUUCUAAAGAGAUGAUCGCAGAGUGGCGACUGUCUAGGCCACCUUUCAAGAGGAUGUCUCAGUUUUCUUGGAUCUUGUACAUAAGAGAUGCUGAUAGUGCUGAUGAGUUGAGUGGUAAGGAUCUGCUGUCAACAGAUUCAGUACAUAAAGCAAGAAAGGAAGUAAUAGCACUGAAGAAGGAAAGGGAUGAGAUGGUUGAGCGGAGAUAUACUGCAAAAAGGCAAAAGUUGCGUAACCUGCUUAAGUACUCACACCUCGUUAACAAUGAUGUCCACUUCAGCCCCAGAGAGCCAGUGGAAAAGAUGCAGUUGAAGUCAGAAAUUCAAAAUAUCAAACAAGCUAUCAACAAAGCUAAAUCACUUGCGUCAGAGAGAACACAUCUAGUGCUUAGAGUUGAAUUGGUUCGGAAGGCGAAGUCACUGGAGGACUUGGAAGUUCUGAUUUCCAAUGCGAAAUCUGCGGCCCGUGUGCUGCAAAUGGGUGAUGAAGCAGUUCCAUAUGAUGGAAAAUGUGUUGAUAGUGUUUUGAGCACGUAUCGAGAACGGUUCAUCAGUGCUGCUAUUAAGAAGGACACGAAAAAAGCUAGGUCAAAAGUCGUACCAACCAACAAAGCAAAAAACCUACCACAUGGAAGAACACGGAAAGGGACAUUAUACUUGAGGGAGGAAGCUACUGAUGAAGAAACCUCUGAAGAAUCAAGAGAGGAAGCUGCUGAUGAAGAAACAGCUGAAGAAUCAAGAGAGGAAGCUGCUGCUGAAGAAACUAGGGAGGAACCAGCUGAUGAAAGUGCAAGGGCUGAACCAGCUGGUGAAAAUGCAAGGGAUUAAAUGCCCCUGGGACUGUUGUCUAGAUGAGUGCCCGCAUUGUCAAGCUGCUAAGGAAGAUGCAAGGUACUAAAUGCCCCUGCUGGAACUUUGUGUAGAUGACGCCCAUCCUGUCUCUUUCUCCCACGCAAGGAUUACUUAUGCUGAACUAGUAGAUACCUCUCGAUACAUCUCAUGUCGAUGGCCAAGGUGGUUAUACGAAUUGCUUUCUGUGAGGGGCGGAGCUAGGUUGUAGGUGCUAGGUGCGGCCGCAACUAGCAAAAAUCCGCAGUCCCUUAUUACAUCUAAAUUUUCACCAUGUUAAAUUGAAUGUUUAGGGAUGCUAUGAAGGUGCCGCACCCCCAUUUAUUCUUCUCUAAAUCUAGUCUGAAUGCACGGUUGACACUGCGGUUCUGUA